CACGGCUAUUACUGAAACUCAGCGAAUCAUGUCCUUUCUCGCAGCGACUGGCAGAGAAAUUGUUGAAUUCUGUAACAUUAGGCUAGGAAGAAGAGGUGGUUUGGGAUACCGACUCUCACGAUUGGAUUUGGCUAUCACUUUUCUUUGCGAUUGAUUUUUUUUGUACUUUUUGGUCUUCAGCCAUAAAACCGAGAGACAAAAUUAAAAAAACGUAGCCUGAGACCUUUGGAGUUUAUUCUCACCCCCCGUUGCUGCCCCGCACCCGGAAGCGCUUUAAACUAAACCAAAUGAAACUUCCAGCUGGCGGGAAUUGUCGCCCACGGGAGUCGGGGUACAACGCGCCGAAAAGUUAACAUUUUCUCCAAGGGGAUUUGCGAAGAAGAAGCGAGCGAGGUGAGGAAGAGUGGGCUCGGGGGUGGGGCUCAUGAAGCUCUCCUGCCAGGAGCCAGUUGAAACCACGCAUACAGACACAUACACUCACUCACUCAGAGAGAGAGGAGGUCCGAUGCUGGCCGGCGCCUCUGAUUUCCGCUCGCUUUAAUUCGCACCAUCCUGCGAAGACAUAUCACACGGCUCUCGGCUGCAGCCCCCGACCCCACAAACCUCUUACCCCACCCCCAUUUUUCCCUUCCCAGCUUCCCAAUGGUUUCUGGCUCUCUCCCUCCCAGCGUGGUUUUGUAAGGAAGUUGAAAGCCUGGAUUGGGGGAAGCCAGCGAUACCAUGACUGGGUCCAGCUCAGUACAAACUUUAGGCCGUUGCAACAGCGUGAGAGUGUGUGUCCCGGCUCGGUUCAUCACGCCCCUGACACUGGCGCUGCUCCUGUUCGUGGGCUCGGCUUGCGUCGGCUCCUCCGACCCCUGCCCCAGGCUUUGCGAAUGCUCUGAGCCGGCGAAGACGGUGAAGUGCAUUAACCAGGAACUGAGCGCCAUCCCGAGCGGCAUCCCGGCCGGCGUCAGGAAGCUCUUCAUCACGGGCAACGGCAUCUCUACUCUCAACUCCGGGGCAUUCGGCCAGUCUCUGGAACACCUGACCACCCUCUGCCUGAGCGGCAACAAGAUCGAAACCAUCGAGGCGCUGGCGUUCGCUUCCAUGCCCGGUUUGACGCAGCUGGACCUCAGCAACAACCGCAUCUCCACGCUACACCCGGAGGCUUUCGGCAGCGGAGGAGGUGCCCACAGCCUGCGGGACCUCAACCUGAGCCGGGCGCUGUUCAACGGUUCGAUGGUGGAGCAAGUCUCCGAGCUGCUCCAGAACGGCAGCCUCGCCAACCUGGAGACCCUCAAGCUGUCCGACAACGAUCUCUUCUACUUGCCCGCCCGCACUUUCUCCCACUUAACCAGCCUAAGGCAAUUGGAUCUGAGGAAUAAUUCAUUCGUUGUCUUCAGGGACACUUUCCAAGACUUAAACCUGCAGAUGCUCGACCUGCGAUUCAAUGCGCUCAAGACGGUGGGAAAUGGCACGUUAGCCGAACUGAACAGCCAGCCCCAGCUUCGAGUCGACCUCCGGGAUAACCCCUUUGUCUGCGACUGUGGCAUUAAGGAAUUCCUGGGUUGGCUGCAAAGCACCGACAAGGUAGUGAAGAAAGACAGCUUGCUUUGUGCGUCGCCGGAAAGUAUGGAAAAUAAACCCAUCCUCCAGGCUGGAUACUCCGACUUGGAGUGUUCCUACCAAGGGAUAUGGGCUUUGCAGUUGGCGCAGUACUUAAUUGCCCAUUGCUCAUUAAUUGCCCUUGAGGUGGUGAGCUGUCUUCUUGAUCCUCUGCUGAAUAUGAGAUAUUUCCAGCAUCUGCAGUUGUUUGCUCUGAUAAUCUGUGCCAUUAUGACCACUUCCGCUGAAGAGAACAGGGAAGCUGGCCUACCUCAUGACAACACCAGGAGGGCCAUUCGCUUCAAAUUCAACAUUAACAUGCUGUCGGUCACAAUUAAUCUCGAUUUAGGUCAAGCAAGUGUUCUACUGGGAGAGAAAGAGAAAGUCUCAGGGAGCGACUAG